UUAGUUCAACAGGUAAACAACGUGACAUUUUCCCGCCAUACUUCCGCGAUUCAGCGAUCAAUAACAACGAAAAGCACGAUAUUCCACAAAAAUGCCGAGUAUCGAAGACUGGAUCAACAACCCACUCGGGAUUAUUCAAACACUAUCUGAUAAGCCUCAAGAUGGUGAUUGUUCUCCUGUCAGGAAAUAUUUCAGUGAAAAGCUAGCAAGCAGGAGUGCAUUGACAUGGGUUCCAAGCUUGAAUGACUCGAGUCUGCAUAAUCUGAAAGCGAACUCUCUGGUGCGGUAUAGAUGUAUGAUACAAGACAUGUAUGAUCCUGAAUUUUACCUGGGCAAGUACGAGGUGAAAGAUACUGCCACUGGAAACACAUUCAUGCGGUCUGGAAAGUACAAGGACAUUGCAGAAUGUGGGGCCAAUCAGACUAUAGAUAUGGACUCUCGAAACAAUGUAACCAUGGACAGGAUGACGUUGUACUGUGUGCCAGUUCCUGGGGAAGCAGAAUGGGUUAAGCAAUCAUAUGCAGAUAUGAGUAAGGUUAAAACACACAGCUAUCCCUCGACAUCCACUACACGAGCCAGAGGUAAAAGAAAUCUAGAAGAUGAAACAGAAGUUUCAGAAGAACCUAUGGAAAGCCAGUGUCCAGAUGCAGAGAGUAAAAAUGGUGAUAAUGGUGCUAUUUCCAUGGAGACUGAAGAGGAGAAAUCUAAACGCCAACAAACUGCGAGAAAAGUUGAUGGUUUGUGCGAGAAACCAGAUCUAAACUUCCCGUUGCCAGGAGAAAAAGGACCAGCAUGCUUAGUAAAAGUUUAUGAUGAUAUUGACAAAUUUAAAGUGAAUGACAUCGUGGAAUUUGUAGGCGUGUUGUCAGUGGACCCGUCUUUAGCAAGAUUCCAAAAUGACAGGUGCGGGGAAGAGGGUGAUUCAGUGAUAAAUGUAGUAGAAGAAACGCCAGAGGAGAUGAAUGCCCAUGCCCCACCCCCAUCACUUGUACCCCGGCUCCAUGCGGUGCUCUGCAAUCAUCUGAAACAUGUAAAUCCGCUGGUACCAGAUUCUGUAGAAGAUAAAAUUCAAGUUUUGGAGAAUAUUCAGGGUGUUUUGACAGCCUUAAAACAAGAAUUAUUGUCAGUGUUGGAACAUGCUUUAUUGGGUGAUAAAAUGGCAGCAAAAUACCUCCUGUGUCAUCUCAUAGCCAAUGUGUAUGGUAGAGCAGAUGCAAUGGCACUGGGAAAGUUUUCAGUGAAUUUCAGUAACUGUCCACGUUCCUCACUGUACUCAGAGUUGUUGCAUCAUUUACUUUCAAACAUUGUCACACAGUCACAUUUACUACACAUGUCCCUUGAGAACAUGAAUAAGUUGCCGUUCUCUCCGAAGAAAGAUUACACAGCAAACAGACUGCGCUCGGGUAUUCUACAGCUGGCAGAUCAGACCAAUAUUACAAUAAAUGAAAUAGCACUGGAGCCUGGACAGCUGGAUGUCAAUGGGGUGAAAAACAUACAAUCACUUGGCAAUGUGAUAAACUGGCAGAAAGUGGAAUACGAUUUUGAAUUUCACAGACAAGAAUUUCAGUCCAACAUAUCUGCUCUUAUUGUUUCUGAAGGGAGAUCUAUACUACCUAGUGACUGUUUUGUACCACUGCAAUGCAAGGAACAACCAAGUGAUUUGAGAAGUUACUUCCAACAGUUAGACAGUAUACUCACAGAUGAUUUCCUGACCAAGUGUCGUACAUAUAUUGGAUUAGCAAAACACAUGGAUUAUGGAUUGUCAGAUGAAGUACAAAAGAAAAUACAAGAUGACUUUGUAUCUCUUAGAAAAGACGAUCCAAAGAGUAUGACCGUGGAUGACUUUCACGCCUUGCUGUCAUUAACAAGAUUGCUGAGUUUAUCAGACCUGAAGUCGUGCCCUACAUUAGAAACUUGGAAUAUGGCUAAAGUCAUGGAAAACUGCCGGAAGCAAAGAGUAGCUGAAAUUCCAGAGAGGAGAACUUAAAACAUUUAAUCUUAACACCAGUAUGCCAACAACACAAUAAAAUUAGUUUCGGAAUGACUUUUAUUAACAAGUGUAAAUUAUAUAACAGAAAGAGUGCAGUUGUUCUUGGUAGCUGACUCGAAAUGAGUACAUUUUUGUGAUAUUUAAAAUCAUUGUUUUCAAAGGACAAGAAUAGAUCAAAAAUGAACACCACAGUUAAUGUUGAAAGUCGUACAUAACUGUAAUAGCCUUGUCAUAACUGUUACAGCCUUAUAAAUAUGUACAUAUUUGAAUUAAAAGUGGAUACUCUUA